AGCAGCAGCACCCCCUGCUCAGGCGGCCAAAGCCUCCGCGACCCAGGCGGGCGCCCUGGAAUGGAGCGCGCGCCGCCCUUAGAGCGCAGCGUCGCCCAGGCAGGCAGAACCUCCCAGGUCUAGAGGGGCGGGGGGUGACUCGGGCAGGAGUCUCCCCCGCGCGCCGCCACUCGGGCUACGUGAGCGCGAGGCCUCCCCCCGGUUGCCCCACGCAGAUGGUACGCCCCGCUGUGGCGCGUAUAUAUCUAUCUAUACAUAUAGCCCUGUCAGGAGACGGUCCCCGCCAAGCCGUCGAGCAGCUUCUCUCGGGGGGUGGGAAGCGGAGUCUUCGUCGGCGGGGACCCGCUCGCCGCUCUGCCUUCCUCCUUCUCCUUCCCGCCCCACUUCGGCGUGUGGGGCUGGGUCAUGUCUACAGGCUCCCUGAGUGACGCCGAGGAGCUGCCGGAGAUGGACCUGAGGGGGCUGCAGCUCGACUACCCGGGGCCGCCCCGCUCCAAGCGGCGUCCCCGAGGCGAGCCCUGCCCUUCGGCGGGAAACUCCUCCGCCGCGGAAGAGGAGGAGGAGGAAGAAGACGACGACGAGGAGGAAGACGCGGAGACGAGCUGUGGCGGCAAGAAGAAGCGAGCCAAGGGAGCGCCCGCGGCGGGAGGAAGCAACGGCGGCGGCGGGAAGCGUCCUCCGGCGUCGGGCCGCGGCGGCCCGGUAGCGGCCGAGUGCAAGCAGACGCAGCGCAACGCGGCCAACGCGCGCGAGCGAGCCCGCAUGCGCGUGCUGAGCAAGGCGUUCUCGCGCCUCAAGACCAGCCUGCCCUGGGUGCCCCCGGACACGAAGCUCUCCAAGCUGGACACGCUGCGCCUGGCCUCCAGCUACAUCGCCCACCUCCGGCAGCUGCUGCAGGAAGACCGCUACGAGAAGGGCUACGUGCACCCCGUCAACCUGACCUGGCCAUUUGUGGUUUCAGGAAGACCAGAAAGUGAUACCAAAGAGGUUUCAACAACCAACAGAUUAUGUGGAACUACAGCUUAGUUAAAGUAAGCAAUACUAUUGCUGGAUAUGCUUACAUACCAUCCUGACUUGUAUGGACCAAAACAAACUGAUGCAAAGAAAUCAAGUCUGCUCAGUGUUUAAGCCCUCUCCUUGUUCAUUUCGAAGGGAAAAUGCACUCAAAAAUAUAAUGAAGAAGGAAAGAGGGAAUUUGCUGAAUUUUCUGCUUCAGCUAAACUGGCGGGUUUGGAAAAACAUUUUUCUGCAUCGUUACCUGAAGAAACUGUUCCAAAGCCUUUUUGACUAACUGAAGAUAUACAGGAGGACAACUCCACUAGCAUUAACAGCAUGGACCAAAAAUAUAGAUUGUACAAGCUAAUCCCAAACAGUGUUAUUUGUAUGCCAAAAUGAAAGUGGUAUUCUAGACUAGUGUGCAAAACUCAAAAUUUAUAAUAUAUUUGAUCUUAUGUUCUUGGCAGCUAUGCAAUAGUAAGACUACUUCUAUCAUUUUAGCCAUGUUAAGAAACAAAAAA